AUGACACAACUGAAACAAUUUCUAUUUUUAAAUUCAUUAAUAGCAAUUUUUUUAGGUAUUCAAAAUAAUACGCUCCAGGUAAUUGAUGCAACUGAUUGUUCAUCACCUAAAUUGAUAACAAAAACAAGUAGUAAUAGAGUUGCAGCAUGGCGUGCUCAACGAAAUGCAAGGGAAAGCGAUGCAUCACGGUUAAUACGGUUGGAUAGUGAAAGUGGUGCAAAAGCUACACAAAGAAAAAAGCAUAGUCGACUAACAUCAAUAACAGAACAUUGUAACUCUUUUGAAAAUAAGGCUGAUAAUAACAAAAAUGAAACAGGUAAUCAAAAAAUGAAUGAAGCUCGAAGUUUAGAAGAAGGACAAAAACAACGUAAAACGACAUUGUAUUAUAAAGUGCCUUAUAAACUUUCUGAUUGGUGUACUCAAGGGUUGCUAGCAAAUGAAAAAAUCGCUAACAUUGAAUUAACUUAUGAAAGAAAACAUCAAAAUACCGUUCGACGAGUUCGGAGUUUGCUUGAACGAGAAGGAAAAUUUGGGAAUAGUUCGAAUCACGAAGUAUUUUCUAUGUUAAUUCAACGGUGUAAUCGAAAGGACGGGGGUGGAUAUGCUAGCAAAAACGGCCCUAUUUGGAAACCAUAG